AUGGAGGUUGAAAUUGAGCAUGUACAAUUGGAGUUUAUUAAGGAGAUUGAGAAUAAUAUCUCUGCAAUGAAGGUCGGGGGUAACACCCUUUGUUUUGCCUUAAAAGUCGGCCUUCUAUUCCUCAUAGAUCUGGAAAAGCCUUCAGAAGUAUUCAAAUUUCAAAUACCACUUAUGAUGGCAUCUAAUAAUGCGGAAAAACUGCUUGCUAUGUGGAUGCAUCCUAAUGGAAAGAAACUUUUCAUCAAGACUAAUUUUGCGAAAUAUUAUCUGUGCGAUGUCGAGUUGAUAAAACAGCAAAAGGAGGAGCAAGGAAAAGUCAAUGGCAGGUCGAAUGGCAUUUAUACAAUGAAGAAAUUCCUAAAGAAAAAUUACGAUGUGCGAUGCGUAACUUGGAUCGACGAGAAUACCUUUUUGUGUGGCACCACCGAUGGAAAUAUCUUGCAUGUUAAUACAGUUACCAAAGAUGGGAAGCCCAAAGUUGACGCAGAGGUUUCAAGUGUUUAUCAGUUAUCGAGCUCGAUAGAUGGCAUCUUUUUGGGCAAAGAAAGUUGUUGCAUAAUAGCGUCUGGUAAUAAAAUUAUGUACUGGAAGAAGCUAGAUCUUUCAAGAAACGCUGUCGCAGAAUUACCAACCGAAACUGAAGAGUUUGAGCACUUGCAUAAGGAUGUAGGCAAAAAAUUCGAUUCUCAUAAUCAAACUUUUGCAUGGAUUACACAAACAGGGAUAGUGUUUGGCGACGUAACAAGAAGCGCUAAAGUUUUAGGUAAUGCAAAAGUUGUUUUAUCUGUCGAAUUGCCAGACUCUAAACAUAAUAUUAGAGACCUUAUUCUAACCGAUUUUCACAUAAUAAUAUUAAGAGGAUGGACCGUGACUGUAAUAAGCCAAUUGAACAAUGAUGUAGUCUAUGAGGAAUCAAUCUGGAGUCAAAAUGGCGAACGAAUGCUGGGAUUGGCAGCGGAUUAUCACGCGGAUCCUUCUACCUUCUGGUGUUUUACAAGUUCGAAUAUUUAUGAAAUCAUUUUACAUAAGGAAGCACAAGCUGUAUGGAAACUCCUGUGUGAACAAGGAGAAUACAACGCAGCUUUAGCGUUAAAAGGUUUAUCCAAAUGGGAAAGAGAAAUGAUUUACUAUCAUAAAGGUUGCAAUCUACUUGAUAAUAAAGGUGACCGGAUAGAAGCUGCGAAGAGUCUGGGUCUUUCAUCUUCGUCUACCGUCAGCUCAAUUGCACUUCGACUGAUGGAUACUGAUGAUAGUGUUGCCUCACUGCAGGUCUUUCUCAUUCAAAAGUUGAAUAAUGCGGAUGCGACGAAUCGGGUCCAGAAAAUAUUACUUUCUAGUUGGAUUGUUUGGAAUUACAUGAAGCAAUUAAAUGACGUCGAUGAGAAAAUAAAUGCGGAAAGAAAUGCAGAAGAAUUGAAACAUUGGACAGAGGAAAAAGAAAAUGUCAUAGGGCAGUUCAGAGAUUUUUUGAAGCAUCAUUUGGAUUGCUUAGAUAAGGAAACAGUUUAUCAAAUAAUAGCUGAACAGAAUAGAAAAAAAGAGCUACUCUUUUUCGCAAAUUUGAUAGAUGACUAUGAGUACGUCCUCUCAUACUGGAUUAGACAAGAAAAUUGGUAUGAAGCGCUUCGGGUACUAUUGAACAUGCAAGAUCCCGAGAGCGUCUAUAAGUAUGCUAGUGUUUUAUUGGUUAACUCACCUGAAGCAACCAUACAUACAUGGAUGAGAAUUGAAGGUAUUCAACCAGUCGAAUUGAUCUCGUCCCUUCUAACUUAUUUUACAAAUUUUCAAAAGCAAGCUGAAUUGGGCGAUACAAAUUCAGAAAAUUUUGCACUCAAGUAUCUAUUAUGGUACAUUGAAGAGCAUAACUACGAUGCCUCGAUCUUGUACAACAGUGCCUUGUAUAUGAUAAUAACGCAGUGUCGUACAGAUCAAGACGAUGAAACAAAUGAAUUGAAGACAAUCCAAUUUCUCGACAAGUAUCGGAAGCAAUAUGAUAAUGAUUUCAUCUUGAGAUUGAGUGUCAGGUAUCGUAAAAUCAAAGUUUCAAUUUACCUGUAUACUCAGAUGAGUUUAUUUGAAGAUGCAGUUACACUGGCUCUGGAAAACGGAAUGAUUGACUCAGCCAAGUUGGUACUUAAGGACAAAAAUUUGGAGGAUAACUUUAAGCUACGAAGAGCAUUGUGGUUACAGAUUUCGAAGUCAAUGCUCUAUAAAGAGGAAAAUGCAAACGAUAUCAAGCACACCAUUAAAGCUAUAAUAACAGAAUCUAACAAUACAUUAGAAAUUAGAGAUCUUCUACCCAUGUUUGAUACGUUCACUACAGUGGCAAAUUUGAAGGAUGAGCUGAUCAGAAGUCUCGAGAAACACGGUAAGUCCAUGUCUCAGAUAUCUGAUCAAAUCAGACAUUCUCUACAAAUGAAGAAGGAGAUAGCAAAGGACAUAGAGCUAUUUAGGGAGAGAUACACCCUUCUCAAGCCUGGUUCCUUCUGUGCCUCUUGCAAACAAGUUCUUCAGACAAGAAAAUUUAUAGUGUUUCCCUGUGGCCAUGCCUUUCACACCGAUUGUCUUAUCAAAGCUAUUCUUGACUCCAAAGACUACAAUCUCAAGAGCAAAAUUGAGAAUUUCCAGCGCAGGUUAUCAAAGGAUAGGAACUCAGUUAGCGCACAGGAACUUGAAUCUAUUAUAUCUACAAAAUGUGUCCUGUGUAGUGAUAUCAACAUCAGCAACAUUGAUGGACCCGUCUACAUUGAUCAAAAAAUAGCAGAAAAAUGGAAUGUAUAA